CAUGCUGGGCCAGCAGCCAAGGCCGCGGGCCGCGCCGGACCUGCUGCGGCUGCUGUCGGCGGAGGACGCGCGCCAGGUGGUGUUCGUGCGCGAGCCCGGGGCCCCCGGGCCGGACGAGCGGCUCGCGGCGGCGCUGCGCGCGCGGAUGCCCGCGUGGCAGGCGAGCUUGGGCGGUGGCGCGCUGCCGCUGCACCGCUCGCCCGCGCUCUUCGUGUGGACGGCGAGCCGCGCGCCCGACCGGCGCCGGCUGCGCCAGCUGCGCCGCCUGGCCGCCGACGGCGCGCGCGCGCGCUUCCUGCUGGUGCGGCCGCGCGGCCGCGGCAGCGAGGCCGCGCUGCGCCUGGCCUGGCGCGAGCGCCUGCUCGACUUCACGAUCGCCGAGCCGCGCGGCGUGCACCACUUCAACCCGUUCAGCGGCGAGUACCGGCGCGAGGCCCCCCGCGCCUGCGCGCGCCUCUUUCCCGACAAGCUCGCCGACCUGCACGGCCACGAGCUGCGCGUGGGCGUGCUGCGGCACGCGCCCUACUCGCGCGCCAGCUGCGCCGCCGGCAGCCGCUGCCACUUCGGCUUCGCCUACGGGGAGCUGCUGCGCUGCCUGAGCCGCGCGGCCAACUUCCGCGUGCGGCCCCGCGUGGCCGACCUGGCGGGCUACGGGCUGCUGCGGAGCGACGGCAGCGCCACGGGCCUCAUCGGCCAGGUCGUCCGGGCCGAGCUGGACCUGCUGGCCUUCGGGGCCUUCCUGUUCCACUCCCCGCUGGACGCGUCGGUGAGCGCGCGCGCCGCGCCCCGCGUCCCGCGGCCGCCCGCGCUCAUCCGCCGCUCGUCGCAGGUCGACCGUACCGCCUACGUGGACGUGGACGAGGGCUGCGCCGUGGCGCCGCUGGGCGGGCCGGGCGGCGCGCGGCCGGGCGGCGCCGUCGGGCGGUCCGCGCCGGCGGCCGCCGCGCUCGUCGCGCUCGUCGCGCUCGUCUGCCUGGCGGCGCGGCUGCUCCGGCUGCCGGACGCCCGGCUGCGGCGGCCGCUGCUCGCGCUCCUCCUCGUGCUCGGGCUCUCCGCGGGCGGCGCGCCUCGGGCGCUGCGCAGCCGCCUCCUCUACGGCUCCGUCAUGGUCGUGUCGCUGUUCUACUCCUCGGGCUUGUUCGCUCGGCUGGCGAGCGCCGGCCUCGGCAGGGGUGGCACCGUGCCGUUCCGGUCCUACGCGGAGCUCGACGCCUCGGGCCUCGCGCCCGUGCUGCACCCCAACCUCUACAACCUCACCUUCGGCUUCGCCGACGACGAGCACUUGGCCAGCUUGGGCAGGAAGGCGGUGCUGCGCGCGGACGCCGCGGACGUCUGCCCGAGGUGGCUGCUGGCCAGCCGGAACGUCAGCUGCGUGCUCGGCAGCCUGCUAGCCGGCGCCCAGGUGCGGGCGCACAGGAACGCGAUGGCCGUCGGCCGGCCGUGCUUCUGGUCGGUCACGCGCAGCUUCGUGCUGCCGCGCGCCUCGCCCUACACCCAGCGCUUCGACCGGCUGAUCCGCAGGGUCGAGCAGUCCGGGCUGCGCAGCGCCUGGCUCCUCGGAACGUUCCACGACUUGCGCCGGGCGGGCGGCGCCGAGCGCGUCGGUGACCGCGACGGCGACGGCAAGCUGGACGAGGCCGAGGUGGAGGGCCUACUCAGGGACGACACCGUCAAGUCGGCCCGGCACUUGGUCGCCUUCGGCUACGCGCUCGCCACCUGCGCGUUCGUCGGAGAGUUGCUGCUCGCGCGGCUGCGCAAGCGGGGGCUCCGCGAGCUGGCCGACGCUUCCGCGGGCCGCACCGCCGGAUCGUCGAGCGUGAAUCUGGCAGCAGCCGAUCCACGAGUGGACCAGUCGCGUGCACGCGCGUGUCGUCGUUGCAGUGGAACGGGCCGACAUCGACGCGGCGCUGGCGAGCGGGUCUCUUCAGCGGAGGCGCGCUCGGACUCCUCGUGUGCCCGCGGUGCUUGGGGGAUGCUUUCCGCUGGAUCGCCGGUUGCGGGAGGACUCGCCAAGCGAGCGGCACGCUCGGGGACGUCGGGCAUCAACGACGGCCGGGCACUCGAUGUACUUGUCCCUCGCUAUAUUUACAAAUAAACCUUCACGACGUUACCUUCAGCUCUUGUGUCGCAUUGCACAGCCUCACCUAUGCGUGUCGUGUGCCGGUGAUCGGUCGAGCGAAGGAAACGCCACGAACUCCACUCGAGGGUCGACCCGCCUCGUAGCUCGCGACGUUUCCAACUCGACUCGUCGUCGGCAUAGACCGAAUAGGAAACCUCGCCGAUUAGCCGACGUCGAGAUCGCAGCUGUCAAUUGUUAGUGGUUGUCGAACGGGCCGACGACCAUCCAUAUGGUUCAUGUCAAUCACAACGCGAACUCCUUUCACGGUCGCUAUUAGUGGCGAUGAGUCAAGCUUUUGUCGAUAAUCCGCUACUGAUUCGCUGCACGCGACCCUGAAGGCUACAACGCACUGAUGAUAUGUCGAUA